GAUGGAAAUUUUAAGGAUGAUUACAGUUGGUUGGCGUGAUUUAAUGGAUAAUAAAUCAGACCCUAGAGUAGCUAAUUGGCCACUGAUGUCAUCACCAUUUCCCACCAUAGCAAUGUGCUUAUCAUAUGUAUUUAUCGUAAAAUUUCUUGGGCCAAAAGUUAUGGAAAAUAGAAAACCAUUCAAAUUAAGAAAAAUCAUUGUGCUGUACAAUUUUCUGCAAGUUGUAUUAAGUUUUUAUUUAUUUUUCGAAGCUGGUAUGUCUGGAUGGUUUGGGAAAUACAAUUUGAGGUGUCAACCUGUCGACUUUUCAAUGAACUCUGAUGCACUAAGGAUGGCAAAUGGAAGCUACUUAUACUAUCUUAGCAAAUUCUCAGAGUUUCUUGACACAUUCUUCUUCGUAUUGAGGAAGCGUUAUGAUCAAGUAUCAACAUUACAUGUCAUUCAUCAUGGAAUCAUGCCAUUUAGUGUUUGGUGGGGAGUAAAAUUUAUGCCAGGCGGUCACAGUACGUUCUUUGGAUUUCUCAACACAUUCGUUCAUAUUGUAAUGUACACAUAUUACAUGAUAGCUGCAAUUGGACCAGAAAUGCAAAAAUAUCUUUGGUGGAAAAAAUACUUGACAAUUUUACAAAUGAUUCAAUUUGUAGGAAUCAUGGUUCAUGCAUUUCAGUUAUUCUUCAGUAAUCCAUGCAACUAUCCGAUGUCAUUUGCUUAUUGGAUUGGUGGACAUGGAGUUUUGUUCUACUUCUUAUUCAAUAAUUUUUAUAAGCAAGCCUACAUGGCAAAGAAAAAGAAGAAAGUUGAAGAUAUCAAUGGAAAUGUUAUAAAAAUUCAAAAUCAAACAAUACUCACUCAAGAUAAAUAUAAUAGUAAAAAUGAGCAUGAGCAGAGAGAGAUUGAACAAAAUAAUUUAAGAAAUAGAUUAUAA